GAUAAUGCUCAGAUAUUUAUAAAAAAGACGCCUGAUGGAGGCACGCUUGAUUCAGAUUUUUCCUUGUAUGAGAUAAAAAGAGCUUUGGUGGGGAUUAAACAGACUUCUCCUGGCAAGGAAGAUAUUUGCUAUGAGAUGAUUAAGCAUCUAUCGGAUGUGUCUUUAAAUUUGAUAUUAAGACUCUUUAAUAUGAUUUGGGAAACAGGGAGAUUGCCUGAUGCAUGGAAGCACAGGGUUGUAAUACCUAUUGCUAAACCAGGAAAAGAUCAAUCUCAGUCUAUCAGUUAUAGACCAAUAUCUCUGACAUCUUACAACUUAUGGAACGUAUGGUAAUGAAUAGAUUGUCGUAUGUUAUUGAGAGCAAGAACCUAUUUUCUGCAUAUCAGAGUGGAUUUCGUAAGGGAAGGAAUACCAUGGAUUCCGUUUUAUGUUUGGAAAAUGAAAUCAGGAAGGCUCAGGUUAAAAAGGAAGUAGUAAUAGGUGUGUUUUUCGAUAUUGAAAAGGCAUAUGAUAUGUUGUGGAAGGAGGGUCUUUUAUUGAAGUUGGAUAGUAUGGGAAUACAAGGUAAAAUGUAUAACUGGAUAUUAAACUUCUUGUUCGGAAGAACGAUACAAGUUAGAGUAGGUUCUGCAUACUCUCGGGUUCUUCCAAUAGAGAACGGAACCCCUCAAGACAGUGUAAGUAGUCCUGUUUUAUUUAACUCAAUGAUAAAUGACAUUUUUUCUAAUGUUGACAUUGGUGUUAGCAGAUCAUUGUAUGCAGAUGAUGGAGCGUUAUGGUUUAGGGGGAGAAAUGUUUUGUAUGUGGAAAAGAAAAUGCAGAAAGCUGUUAUGGAGGUUGAGGAUUGGGCAAGGAAGUGGGGCUUUAGAUUUUCUGUGGCAAAAACCCAGGUAAUAUGUUUCUCAAAUAAGAAAAUUAAUCCGUCCCUAAAUAUAAAAAUGUAUGGGCAACAGUUAGAACAAGUUAAUGUAGUCAGAUUUCUCUGAAUGUGGAUGGACUCAAAACUAAAUUUCAGAGUACAUAUUCAGAAGCUGAUAGAAAAAUGUAAGAAAGGGAUAAACAUAUUAAGAUGUUUAGCUGGAGUUGAAUGGGGGGCAAGGCGUCAAUCAAUGGAAAGAAUAUAUAAAGCAGUAAUAAGAGCUAAUAUUGACUAUGGUUGUAUGGUGUAUAGUUCUGCAAAUAAAACCUGGACAAAAAAUAUUGAGAAGAUACAAACGCAGGCUAUGCGAAUUUGUUGUGGAGCAUUCAGGUCAUCACCAGUGGUAUCACUACAGGUUGAAAUGGGAGAAAUGCCCCUAGAGUUACGUAGACUUCAGCUGAUGAUGACAUAUUGGUCUAGUAUUAAAACACAUUCGGAAAGUCACCCAGUCAAGAACAUUUUAAGAGAAUGCUGGGAGUAUGAAUAUAAAGAGUUUGCAAGCUUUGGUUGGAUUGUAGGGAAGGAAGCACAGAGAAUGGGUCUUGAUAAGUUUGAUAUCGCACCAACAGUGGCGAUCCCUGCAAUACCUCCCUGGUUGUUCCCAAUGCCACUUGUUGAUUUAAACAUUCAUAAAGAAAUUAAAAGCAUCAACAUGAACAUCCCAAUAGUUUCAGCUGUGCAACAAUAUGUCAAUCAUGCAUACUAUUCAGUUUUGCAGAUAUACACAGAUGGAUCUAAAGACCCAGGGACGGGAAGAACAGCAGCUGCGGUGUAUAUACCUAAAUUUAAUAUCAAAAUUGCUAGGAGAACUUCUGAUCAUGUAUCUGUAUAUACUUCUGAAUUAUUAGCAAUAUGUCUUGCCCUGCAAUGGGUCGAAGAGAUCAAGCCUUAUACUUCUGUGAUCUGCACUGAUUCAAUGGCGGCUCUGACAAGUUUACAGAGUGGAAAAUCAGACGCUAGACAGGACAUAUUAUAUGAAAUAUUACAGAGUAUAUAUAGGAUAAGGCAGUUAAGAUUACUGGUUUAUUUUCUCUGGGUUCCGGCUCAUAUUGGAAUAGAAGGGAACGAAUGUGUUGACCAGCUUGCAAAGAAGGCCCUGGAACAUGCACAAGUUGAAUUACAAAUAACAAUAAGUAAAUCUGAAAUUAAGAGAUUGAUUUAUGUUGAAGUUGAAAAGAAAUGGCAAAAAAUAUGGGAAAAUGAAAGUAAAGGGAGGCAUUUAUUCAAGAUCCAGGAGUGUGUUGGCAAAAGGAGAGUACAUUACGGAAAUAGAAGAAAGGAGGUUAUCUUAUCUAGACUGAGAAUAGGACAUAUAGCAUUAAAUAAUAGUUUGUACAGGAAACAGGUAAAUGUGAUAAAUGUGGAAUACCAGAAACGGUUGAGCAUGUGCUUUUAAUGUGUGUAGUGUAUGAGAGGGAGAGAUAUCAGAUGAACCAAGAACUGGAACUGUUGGGAAAUAGUUGUAUAUCUUUAAAGACACUUUUAGGAUGUGGAUCAAUGCAGAUAAGAAUAUAUGAAAUAUUGUUUAAGUUUUUAAAGAAGACAAGAUUAAUGGAAAGAAUUUGAAAAUGUGUAUGUUGUGUUUAUCUAAGUAAUUUUUUUUUUUUUUUAAACUAAUAGCUGUAAUCCAUAACCGUGUGCGUUCCACACUCCAGACCAGUAGGUGGUGGACAUGCACCUUUAACGUUGGUUUGCCAAUCCGCCAAAAAACUCGAGAGAAGAAGAAGAACUGCAUCACAUGCAUUGAUUGGCACAUCUAAGACAUUUUAGGGUGUCGUUUGGCCGUGCAAGCGCACAGAAGAGUAAGCGUAGUCUCAUUUUAAAGAUAACAACCUAAUCUAAGAGCUGAUAUAAAGUUUUUGGCCACUUCUUGCACACGGAAGUAGUAAUUGGAGCAGAAAUGAGACCUAAAUGUUUGUUUGUUUACAUAAGUAAUUUCCAUCGUCUUGAUUCUUUUGAUAAUUAUUUUCUGUAAUUUUUUAGAUCAGUGAAAUAACCAAAGCGACGGUGAGUCGUGCACCUUCACACUAGAGUUUACGGUUCGUCAAAUACAGGUGCACUGCACAUCCAUUGAGAUGAACUGAAAAAUAACACAGAUCACUUGACAGAGAAUCAAACUCUGAACUCAGUCAGUGUUCAACGAGUGAAAAUAUAUCUGUGCUAAACUUAUACUUAGUGUCCAACUCACACACUGGCGAGUAAAAUCUGAGAAUUGAUUAUCCAGUGGCUCAUAUUAGACAUCAUUUAGUUACACAGAGUAAAGAUUUAGUCACAUAUGCGAGUGAUUUACUCACAAUGUAGAGGUUGUUUUUCCGCUGUCAGGUUUGCACCUCUCACUCUUAGAUUCAUCUUUGAGCAAUUGAUAUUAUGUAUUUAUAGGGAUGUAAUGAUAUCAAAAUCUUAUAAUACGAUAAUAUAAUAACGAUAAUAAAGUUAAAUUCUUCUAUCUAAUGCACUUUGAGAGUUCAAAAUUUAGAACAACUCAUGUUCUUAACUAAGAAAACUUAAGUCAGAAAGAAGUCAGUGAAUUGACUUGUACCUGAACUUUAAAGGGACCCAACACUCUUUUUAUUUGUGGUUUACUGUCUCAGUCUAAAAUACAUUCACACUUUUAUUUUAGGAGGACAAACAAAUUAGUAUAUUAUAAUAAUAACAACAUUUUUUUUAUUAUUAUUGUUAUUGCUAUGACAGUAAUAGCCAUAUAUUGUAAAACAGUUGCACUGUAAAAUAAAUGAAAAUUAUUAUUUCAUAGGUAUAUUAUUUUUGCUUUACACUAAGGAAUAACAAUACUUGUAAAUCAUGAAUCUUGCAGAAUUUAACAGCAGUUUAUUAAAAGUUUAACAAAAAUUACAUGGUUUUAAGGCCCUAUGAAAUAUGUUUUAUUAUUUUUCUCAAAUUCAGUUUUGUUUUCCAUUAAUUUUCUGGAUUCUAUUUUAAUCGUUUCAUUACAUUUUAAUAAUCAAAAGCAUGUCUAAUGAAUUUAUAAAGGAUAAUUAGACUUGAUAUAGAAUUAAUUUAUUAUUGGCUAUUUAUUUCUCUUUUUUUGGUAUACUGUGUUGUGUAUUUACAAUUUUCUGGUAUUUUUUUAUGAUAAAUAUUUAUUAAACAUUGUUUUAAUAAUAUUUUUAUUAGUAGUAGUAGUACUAUCUUUACAUUAAGUAAUAUAUUUCGGACUGUAAAGUUAAAUCGAACUUUUCAGUUUAACUUUUUAUUUUGACGGGUUGCUGUGAAGACUUUCAGGUUUCUGUUGGUAUAUUAUAUGAUGAUAGUUUUCCGCAAAAGAAACAGUAAAAUGAAGUGACUCUCAGAGCAGAAAUAAAAUAAAACAUAAAAAAAAAAAAAAAAAAAAAAUGAACCCAAAAGUAAUUACGGUGCGGUCAGUGAACCUCUUUCACCGGCGGCACAACGGCAAAACACACUGUUGCUCAUAUGAAACAUUUUUACGUGAAUAUUAUGACAUAAGUGAGAUACAAAACAUUCUUUAUACGAGAAAUAAUUGGUUAGCAGGCAAAUGUUAGUAGUGACCAUGCUUUUGGAUUCAUGCCGUUGGAGCCCAAACAUUUAAAGUCAUACGCGGCUACACUCUAAAAAACUGCUGGUUAAAAACAACCUAGCGCUGGGUAAAAUAUGGACAUACCCAACGACUGGGUUGUUUUGGCGGUCUUUUCCCAAAUCCUCACCAUCUCACCCUUUAAUUUCGCAGGUUUAUUUUCUUAUCAUUCACUUUUAAUCCAUGAUUUCGCAUCUCUUACUGUGGUAAACUGGGGGUGGGAAAUACAAGAUUUCAUGGCAAUAAAUUAAGAAUUCGUUAAUACGACUUUUUAAUUUGUUCCCUCAUUUUACAAAUUAACUUAAAGACUUAUAAAGUGAGAGGUGUAUAGAUGUAAGCAAAACAAACAAUUUUCUUUAUAACGUGACAACAAGAUUGCGAAUUCGAAAGUGAAAUCAUCCGAAGCUCGGCUUAUAAUACAGCAAAAGUGAACUUCUUUCACAAAAUUCAAAUCAUAAAUAAUACUAGCCUACUGAUGAAAAAGAAGGGGUUGAACGUUAAACACUUAUUAUUGUUUAUUUAAUCCUAACAAAUAAGUUCUUGUUAAAAACUAACUUUCCAAACAAAAGGAUAUAUAUCAGUAUCGGUCAAAAUGAGAUUAAAAAUAUCAGCAUAUCAGCAAAAAUCCAAUAUCGUGCAUCCCUCUUAAAAACCAUAGUGCUGCUCUUUUUAUCGAUUUAACCAAAGCUUUUGAUUCUGUAGAUCAUGAAAUUCUGAAACAGAGACUAUUAGUGUAGGUUUAUCAGUAAAUGCUGUUGGAUGGUUUGUUAAUUACUUAUCAGAUAGAUCUCAAUGUAUAUAGAGGUGCUCACUUCUAUAAAUAAAUAUGGUCGUACCACAGGGAUCGGUCCUUGGGCCAUUAUUAUUUAUUUUAUAUGUUAAUAAUAAUGGUGCUAAUCUUGUACAUUAUAGUUUUCAUUUAUACACUGAUGAUGGUGAUUUACUCUGCAUAAACAUUGGAUAAGGUUCUGAGUCAUCUUCAAUUUGAUUUUGAUGUAGUUCAGCAAACACUGAACGAUUUAAAACUUGUUUUAAAUGUGGAGAAAUCUAAACGUAUGAUGUUCACAAAAAGAAAGCCUGCACUCUCAAACUCAUGCUCAAUUACUACUCUUCAAGGUUUGGAGGUUGAAGUAGUAUCUAAGUAUAAAUACCUGUGAUUUUUAACUGAUUAUUCUCUUUCUUUUGGGCCUCAUAUUCAGUACCUAGUGAGUUAAUUUAAGUUGAAACUGGGACUUUUUUUUUUUUUUUUUUGAAGGAAGGAAGGAAGAGAUUGGUAGCAGCUACAUUUUUGUCAGUGUUGGAUUACUGUGAUAUCAUUUAUAUUCAGGCACCUAAACAUCGUUUACAGGCGUUGGAUUUGGUUUAUCAUGGAGCAUUAAGGUUUAUCACAAAUUCAAGAGCCCUUAUUCAUCAUUGUUUAUUGUACUCUCAGGUUGGUUGGUCGGCGUUGUUAACCCUGUAGACUUAAACAUUGGUACUUAUUUAUAUAUAAAAUCAUUUUAGGUUUAACUUCCUUUGUAUUUACAGCAGAAUAUCAUUCAAAAAAAGGUGUACAGAAUUAUGGGCUUUGCUCACAAGACUAUUAUCUUUUAAUCAUCACUAAAGUCUGUACUAAUAUAAGUCAGUGGGCAUUUAGUUAUGCUGCUCCAUUUGACUGAAAUCAAGUCGUCGUUAGACUCAAAUGCGACAACUGGUCCCUGAUGAAUGAAUAAUUGAAAGUAUCCACCUUAUUCUUCAUCACAGAAUUAAGCAUAUGGGUGAGACUUCCAGUUCAUUAGCUGCUAUAGGGAAAUAGUGCAAAUAAUUACAAUGUGCAAUAAACGGUAAAACUGUUUGCACUACAAACCAGUGUGUUCAUAAUUAGGAUAAUACAUUAAAAUAAUAUGGUAAGACACACCAAUUUGCAAUGUCAAGCAACAAAUCAAGCUGUUUUGUACAGCUAAAAAUAGCUGGAAGGGAAUGAGCCCAGAAUCAAGAAAAAUAAAAUGUUUUCAUUUGUAUGGGAAUAAUAAGGCGGAUGAUCAGAAUAAUUAAAUAUCUCAAUUAAUAUUAUCUGAUAUUUGUGAUUAGUUACUAAUUAGAAACACAAUCUAAAUGUAAUGAUCACUUGAAAAUUGGAGUCAGAUUAAACACAGAGCUACAAUAAAAUUUAAACUCAAUCCCAACUUUGCAGAAGCGCAAGUAAAAGAUAUGUCAUAGUUAUACUAUAAUGUUACUCUCAUUUUAUCAUUAUCACCUGUAUAGUACUAUAAACUUGUUCAGCAUCACAAUCAGGAAUCAUGUGGGUCGAGUGCAUUUAAAUUAAUGCUUUAGCUGCUGGCAAGUUAAAAUCUCUGUUGUGCUGAUCCUGGUGUAUAGAAAAAGUAGUGCUCAUACAAACACACACACAAACACACUCUCACACUAAAGAUUAAACACAAUCUCUGAGAUCAUUCAUGUUCUUCACUCUCUGCAGGCUGAUUAACUGCAGUAUUGGAGAGGAAGGCUGUGCUGCUCUGAUUUCAGCUCUGAGAUCAAACUCACACCUGAGAGAACUGGAUCUGAGAUGUAAUAAACCAGGAGACUCAGGAUUGAAGCUGCGCUCUGCUCUACUGGAGGAUCCACACUGUAAACACAAGAAACUAUACAUUUGACAGUGGAAACUUCACAAGCUCCAAACAAGUGAAUCAAAACAACACGUCCUGAACAAGACUGUCACCUGGACAAAUGCAGAUACUGAUCCAGCAGUUUCAUAUGUGAAGGAUUUUUGUUAUUAAUUUUCAUUUAGCCUAUUUUGUUUUUCUAGUCUUAAAAAUAAUCAAACAAACAAAAAAGUAGAUUGGACAUACUAACUGCACUGUAAAAAAAUUAGUGUGAAAUUACAAUAUAUUUUGGGUUAAUAAUUGCACACUGUAAAACUUUUCACUAUAAAUUUGCAGGAAUCUAUAAAGUAUUUUUGUACCAGUAAAGUACUGUAUAUUUUUAUACAGUUUAUUCUGUAUACAUUUUGUAUAUUUUGUCAUUUUAUUGUAUUUUUUUCUGUAUAGAGAAUUACAGUGUAAUAAAAGUUGUCCUGUAAAUUAA